CCACGUGGAAAUAAAACCACUUCGACGGCGUUAAGAAAAGGCGAAGUAGCUUUCCUGCCCAUCACGCUUAAGAAAAAGCCCGAGCAAAGCACGCCCUCUCUUGAUCUCUUCUCUAAUCACUCAAUAAGAUCUCUUAUCUCCAAUUUCAAAGGGUUUUAUUUGAUCUGAUAUCGUUGGUUUGUGAUAGAGAAGAUCGCAUCGGCGUUUGAUUUGCGGAUUGGAGUAAACCAUGUUUAACCGGCUCUUUGGAAAACCUAAGCAGGAAACAAAUGCUCUAACCACGUUAGACAAAUUAAAUGAGACGCUUGAAAUGCUAGAGAAAAAGGAGAAAGUACUUGUUAAGAAGGCUGCUGCAGAAGUUGAAAAGGCCAGGGAAUUCACCCGAGCAAGGAAUAAAAGAGCGGCUAUUCAAUGUUUGAAGAGGAAGAGGCUAUAUGAACAACAAAUAGAACAGCUUGGAAAUUUCCAACUUCGCAUUCAUGAUCAGAUGAUAAUGUUAGAAGGUGCAAAAGCCACUACAGAAACUGUAGAUGCAUUGAGAACUGGAGCAGCUGCAAUGAAGGCAAUGCAGAAGGCAACAAAUAUUGAUGAUGUGGACAUGACCAUGGAUGAGAUCAAUGAACAGACAGAGAAUAUGAAACAAAUUCAAGAGGCAUUGUCCACUCCCAUUGGUGCUGCAGCUGAUUUUGAUGAGGAUGAAUUGGAGGCAGAACUUGAAGAAUUAGAAGGUGCUGAAUUGGAGGAACAACUUCUUCAGCCUGCGACCACAGCUCCAGCUGCUACAGUGCAGGUUCCAGCAGGAAGGCAACCAGCCCGUCCUCUUCCUCAAAGGCACACGGCUGAGGAAGAUGAACUUGCUGCCUUACAAGCUGAGAUGGCACUUUGAGCAGGUAUUGUUUACUAGAAAGCUGAAGAGCUUAUUUAAAGAUUGGUCAUAUUGUAUUGUGGAGUUUAUGCAACUCCUUUCACACAUCUUGUGUGCAUUGAUGGUCUGAGCAGACAAUGUAUAUAAAGAUGGCGCAAACUAAAGAAACUGCCCUUAUAAAUGUGUAUCUGUGUUUUUGAGCUUUGUCCUUUGUCCAGUUCUCUCUCUCUCUCAUUGUGAACACUCGCGUUUUCCUUUUGUUUACGUUAUUGCCGAUUUGAACUUCCAUCAUGUUGCCUUGUUAUCCGUAAGUUCUCUUUUAGGCAAUAUAUAAGGCAAACAAAUGUAUGCAAUAUUGUCUUGGUAAACAAUUUUCAUUUACAAGGCAGAAUAUUAAUAGCUGUUGGAUUUGUGAA